AAGUGGGACUGCCAUGGAGGACACCCUCACCUGCAGCCAUGCCACCUUCUCCCAGGUGUUCGGACGCCAGGGGCAGCUCAUGCAAGCCACUGUCCAGUCUCUAAACAGCCUGAAUGACCAGAUCGCUCAGUUCAUGGUGACUCGACCAUGUAGUCUGGCUGAAGAGGAGGAGACCUUCAUCCCAGGAGAGAGGGAUACGCUCAGGAAGUCCAUGACCCUGAUGAGACACCUGCUUAUGGACGCUCAGGGGAAAAUUCCUUAAAAUGAUGGAAGACAACAAGCAGCUGGCACACAGGAUCGAUGGGGCCAUCCAGUCUGCGAGUCAGGAAGUGACACACCUGCGAUCUGAGCUCUCCGCGACCAGCCGCAACGUUGCUGCGAGACGAGGUCGUCCAGCUUCAGGAUGAGGUCCACCUGUUGAGGCAAAUGAAGGACAUGUUGAGCAAGGACCUGGAGGAGACCCAGGGUGGCUGCUCCGCCAAUCUGCUCUCGGCCACCGAGCUCCGCAUGCAGCUGGGGGACAAGGAGCAGGAGCUGGACCGUGCUAAGGAGGCCUUACAAGCCAUGAAAGCGGACCGGAAACGACUAAAAGCUGAAAAAUCGGAGUUGGUGAGUCAGAUGCAGCAGCUGUACGCGACGCUGGAGAGCAGAGAGGAGCAGCUGAGAGAAUUCAUACGCAACUACAACCAGCACAGAAAGGAGAGCGAGGAUGCAGUAAACGUCCUCGCAAAGGAGAAGGACGUGCUGGAGAGGGAGAAGUGGGAUCUGAGGAGGCAAACCAAAGAGUCCACGGAGCAGGCCAACGUCCUGCGCUCUCAGAUAGACAUGAAGGAGAACAGGAUUAAGGAGCUGGAGGCUGAGCUCAGCAUGGCCAAGCAGUCUCUGGCCACGCUGACGAAAGACGUACCCAAACGGCAGUCUUUGGUGGUGCAGCCGGAGCCGGUGGUGAACGGCAGUCAGGAGUGGGUGACGCAGGUCGACCUGCCGCUCACGGCCGCCAUCCGUCAGAGCCAGCAGACGCUCUACCACGGACACAACGCAGACAGGCAGGCUGUGGUCAGGAUCAGCCCCUGCCACACUCGGCAGCCCUCUGUGAUCUCUGAUGCCUCAGCAGCUGACGGGGACCGCUCGUCCACGCCCAGCGACAUCAACUCGCCUCGCCAUCGGACCCACUCCCUCUGUAACUCCAUGGAAGACCUUGAAGACCAGAAGCGUAAGAAGAAGAAGGACAAGAUGACCCUGGGAUCUCUGUCGCGGGUGUUCACUCGAAGCAAGCAGCGCAAGUCAAUGGACCCCGGCUUGUUUGAUGACUCUGACACACAGCACAGCAUGUCCGACGGAGAGGAGCAGCUGGACCGUCUCCAGCAGGCCGAGCUCACUCGCAACACCUGCAUGUCCCUGUGGAGGGCAGGGGCCGUCCAGGCCUGGAUGGAGGUGGUCAUGGGGAUGCCCAUGUACAUCCGAGCUUGCUCGGAAAAUGUCAAAAGUGGCAAGGUGCUGCUGAGCCUGACAGAUGAGGAUUUAGAGCUGGGUCUGGGUAUCAGUAAUCAAAUUCAUCGCAGAAAGGUUAGACUGGCCAUUGAGGAUUACAGGAGAGCAGAAGGAGAGCAGGGACUAUCAAAAGCGUCUGAGCUGGACCACCACUGGGUGUCGACGUCAUGGCUAAGUGACGUAGGCCUGCCUCAGUACUCCCAAACCUUCCAGAACAAUUUGGUGGACGGACGGGUGCUGAACUCGCUCAGCCGCAGAGACCUGGAGAGAUUCCUGAACAUCAGCGACCAUUUCCACCAGACCAGUCUGCUUCUGGCAAUCCAACUCCUGCAGAUGCUCAGCUUCGACAAAGAGGCCCUGCAAUUACGGCGCUUAAAAUGUGAGCACGAAAACCGGGACCCCCUUGUCUGGACCUGUCACAGAGUAAUGAAGUGGAUCAAGGACAUAGACCUCAAGGAGUUUGCAGAAAACCUUCAGGGAAAAGGCAUUCAUGGUGCAGUGAUCGCGCUGGACCAGUCUUUUGACACAGAGGCCUUGGCCAAAGCUUUGGGGAUCCCCGGCAACAAACACAUGCUGCACAGACACCUGUAUGAAGAAAUGAAGUCACUCUCUGCCCCUCUCAGUAAUGCAGAGCAGAGCGCUGAGGUUAUCAGUUCCUCUUCACCUGUGGCUGUUAAACGCUUUGCUGAUGAAAGGACGUCCAUCAGAAGAUUAGGAAAGAGUCCACUGAGGUUACGGGCAGACAGCCACUCGGUGGAGCGCGGCCUGGGCUUCCACGGCAACUGUGGCUCUCUGCCCAGAGAGGCCAGAGUGCACGCCGUGCCCCGGGCCAAAGGCAGCCCCAUGCACACCUUCAAGAGUGUUGAAAUCACCAACGUGUGAAGGAGCCGUCGAGAUUCUUCAUCCUAUGUUUACGCUGCUGUUGCAUUGUAGCCGUUUACUGUUGAGAACGACCAGCACUCGUCGAUGUCUUUUAGAGGUGUGUUUAACUUUAUGUGAUAGAUCCGAUCUACCUUUGUUUUCACCUACGUGGGAAUGAUGCACUUCUAAAGACCUGAUGUAGCUGUUGUAAAAAUAAUGAAGAGCUUAAUGAUUUCAUUCUUUGUUUUGUUGUUUUUUUUAUUAAAUGUUUUGAGGUUUGUUUGUCAAUAACAAAAAUGAGCAUAAAUUAUUAAAAAGAAGGCUUAAGAUCAACUCAGAACUGCACUCGGUGCCCCUUUGAUGCCUUAUAUAAAGUCUCAUGGUCUCCUUAGUGUUUAUCUCCAUUUCUUUAUGUGAACGGGGUUAUGCCUUUUGGUUUACAUACAAGUUGUACAUGUUUAUAUAUUCUUAAUACAAAAAUCAAGGAAAUGUGUGUUUGGUUGAUUAUUUCUUUGGUGUAACAAUGCAUCAUGGCCGGAAACCUCAUACUGUUUUUUUUCCCCCUUCAUAUGGUGCCAUAUUUCCAGGAAAAAUCAAUUUGUGGAUGGAGCAGCAGAGUUGAGUUUGUAGGUAAGACCCCUUGAAGGACUGAAACUUUUAGAAACGAGACAUAUGCCAGUCUUACGAUUUAUUCUUUUAACAGAACAGCCCUGGCACCUUAAUGGUCGCCAGCUUGGUCACACCCUAGUGUGGGAUGUCUUUCUAUUCCUCAAUAAUCAUUUGUCUCAAGUCAACCAAUGCGGUUACAUCAGUCACUCUGGCAUGAACCCAAGUGAAACCCAAAAGUGUUCAGUGGGGUUUAGAUCAACCCUGAACAUCCCUUCACUCCCCAAUUUUGGUGGUAGAAUCCAAAAAUCCCUGCUCUGUAGGGGUGAACGUUGACAUUUUGAAACUACUGUUUGAGAUGUGGGACUGCUACUGGUUGUCAUCUUGACAUCAUUCUCCACUGAAUUUGCCUCCGCUGAUAACAAAGCUUGUUUUUCCAUUGAGGGAGAUGCUGUCCCACUCCAUCACACUGCCUCCAACAAAAUCUCUUACAAGGACUGAACCCAGUUGCUCAACUUUGCUGCUUUAUCUGACAAACACACCAGAUAGCAUUCGUGCAAAAACUCAUUGCAUGUUUCUUUACAGAUGAGAUGCAUAUUGAUAUCAUUCAAAAGCACAGGAAUGCGGGACUUCAAAAACUCCCCUCUGCGUUGGAGGAAGAAAACUUAACAGAAUAUGCUGAAAGUAAAAGAAAAUACAGCUAAAACCAUUUUUUUUUUUAAUUUCCUGAUCCUGUUUACAUACAAGUUGAAGUUAGCACUUCCAAGCACGCAGUGUUUACGAUCUGGCUAUACUGUAUAUUGAUCAUGUUGGUAGAUGUUAGGGCCUGUCACAGUGGUCACUAGUUUUAAAUAUUAAUGCUGCUCAGGACAUUACUGUUGAAGAUUACUAACCAUUUUGGUAAAUUUAUUUUGGAAACCGCCAGCAUGUGACAAAGAGCUGAGAUGUCUGAUCUAAACGUUUGCCUAUUUAAACAAACUGAAAGUAGCAUGUAGAAAACAUUAGUUACAGGACUAACCCUGUAGUUCUGCUGUUUUUCUGCAGACCAACACCCUGUUGACGUGGUCCAUGCUCUUUGAUGUUUAUUAAAUACAAUUUUCAAACUACAAUAUUUAAAUCCACCAGAGUUUAAAAUACCAAAAUGUCAAAACAAUGAGCAUUCAAGCAUAAACCUCUUAAGAUGUAUUUUCUAGAAACAGAAAGAAUAAAAUCUACAAGGCAAUUGUAGUUUUUGUAUUGUAAUUGUCAAAGAGCCACAUUUAAUCAUCUGCAUCUUAUAUUAAUUUAUAUUUGAUUUUACAUUUGUUUUUUUUACUUGUAGAGCAGUGAUGCAGCUAGAGUCCUGAGAUAGUUUUUGAGACGUGAGCAAGUAGCAGCAUCCUAUAUAAACGGGUUGAAAAUAAUUAAGGGUCUUGAUGUGAUUAUAUUAAGCUAUUUUUUCCCACCUAAGCCCAGUAAGUAAUGUUAUAGUAUUGAGAACACAAUCAAGAUUUCAAACUUAAUCAGCAGUCAGAAGGCCAAAACAUCUAAAACUAAAAGUUAUACAAUCUUUAAAAGAAGUGCAACAGAGUAAAUCAAAUAUGGUCCUAAAACCACACAAAUUGAAAAGCUAAUAAAAAAAGAAAAUGACAUGGCCUGACGCAAGUUUAACAAAUCCUACAUGAAAAUCUGAAACUUGAAAUAAAAUGGGUGAACCUGUUGUCAAAUGUACAAAAUAUAUCAUCAUAUACUAAUUCGUCAGGAGGUCUUCAUGAGUGACAUGAAUUUGUCACCACAAGUUUUCCGUAGUAGUUUGGUACACACAGUCAUCCCUCAUUUCCUAUUGUUUUACAACAAAUCUGUCAAACUUUCAUCCAGUCACCUUCAACUGGCCUCAAGCAAAACGUUUCCAGGCUUUUUCUGAAGGUCUUUCAAUGUUUUUCUUUGGACUUAGCUUUUACUGUGUGACAGAAGCCUAUUAAUCUCAAGGGAAGAACCAGUGUUUUGUCUGAAGAUAACAAAACCUUGUACAAAAAAAAUCAAUCAAUCAAAAUUUACUUUAAUAUUGGCAGAAAUAUUAAUUCUAAAGGUACAAAAUUGUAGCAGUGUUUAUUGAACAUCAAGCCCUGUAACAUCUCUGUAGCAUGUGUGCCUCUUUCGACACCCUCCUGUUUUGAAUAGUGCAUGCUCAUUGGGAUGAAGAGCGUGCAAUUCACAGCGUUCUGCUGAGUCUGCACAGUGUACAUUACUCAGUUUGUAAGAAAAUACUCUACUGUAUUCUGUGAUCUUCAUGGAAAGCAAUCUAUAGAACAUGAACAUUUAAGAAGCCAAAGUAAAAAGCAAAACUGUUGAUCAAGGCUAAUCUGAAAGGAAUGGAGAUACUAGUCUGGUUUCUUAGAAGCAAAGCAUAAAGUGUAAAAUGACAAACUAUUUUUUCUAAAACUGUCAUAGUCCACAAUCUAUCCAAUACAUUAAAGCCAAUGAUUGUGUUUUGCACAAAUGUAAAUUGUUUUACAGUUUUCUCUUUCAAUUCAAUGCUUGUCACCUGUUAAAUUUCACAGUUUAUUGUUUGGUUCUCAAAGUUAUAAUGCAUACACCUGAAUGUUCUUUACAUGCCUAAUAGAAGCGGCGCUGCUGUUUCAUUAAUAAAUACAUUGAGUAACUGCA